GCCGUGUACUCGGGCGUAUCGGUCUACGAAAUGGAGAUCGGCGGUGUCGCUGUGAUGCGCCGACGAAGUGAUGGCUGGCUCAAUGCGACCCAGAUCCUCAAAGUCGCCGGCGUCGACAAGGGCAAGCGCACCAAAGUCCUCGAGAAGGAGAUCUUGACGGGCGAACACGAAAAGGUACAAGGUGGCUACGGCAAGUACCAAGGUACCUGGAUCAGCUACCGCCGAGGUCGCGAAUUCUGUCGCCAGUAUGGUGUCGAAGAUGUUCUCAGCCCACUGCUCGACUACGACGUUAGCGCCGACGGUUCGCAAGGUCAUGGUCACCAAGAGACUCCGACCAAGGAGCAAGCAAUGGCGGCGCAGAGGAAGAAGUUCUACACCAACUCAAGCUUGGAACAGCGAGCCCCCAACGGCCUCCCAGGAUCGAAUGGCACCUUCUUCUCCAAUAUCUCGCCGAGUACCAGUGUUGCGCUCGCUGCUAUGAACAAGGCUGCUCGACUCAACUCGCCGGCUCCACGAACGAUCGGCAUACCUCGGCCCUCGAACAUGAGGAGACCUUCGACCCAAGAUAUGCCAAGCGGCAGCCAGCAGAGCAGAAUCUCUGAAAGCGAUCACAAACCCGACUCUGGUUACAACACACAGACUAAUGGCGAGCCUCCGAGAAAGCGCAUGCGACCUGAUAGCGGUAGUGGCAUGGAGCCACUCAGCAUACCUUUGGAUGCUUCAAUGCGCUCUGCAACCCCCACAGAGCCGAAUGAAAGCUUCUUGUACGACAACGCGCUGAUGCAGGACUCUGUAAAUGCUCACGGUGACCCGAUCGCUCUGCCACCUUUGCCGAGCCCGACGACCGAGGAACAGCAGGAGAAGAUGAACCUCAUCCUAGAUCUGUUCGCUGAUCAAGGCCGAACGGACUAUGCAACUCACAGAGCGCUGACGGAGCUUUCGAAUGAGGAUCUCAAUAUGCCACUCGACGCUUCUGCCAACAACGCAUUACAUUGGGCAGCGACUUUGGCGAAAGUCCCUCUCUUGAAACUCCUCAUCCAGAAAGGUGCAAGCAUAUGGCGUGGUAAUGCUGCUGGACAAUCACCACUGAUCAGUGCGGUGCUUGUAAACAACUGCUGGGAACAAUCAUGCUUUCCGGAAACCCUAGAAGCUCUCGGCCCACUCAUCGAUGUGCGUGACGUUCAAGGUCGAACGAUCCUGCAUCACAUUGCCGUCUCGUCAGGAAUCAAAGGCCGUGCAGCGAGCAGCAAGUACUACCUGGAAGCGCUUUUGGAGUUCUUGGUCAGGAUAGGAACCAAGCCAGAGACUGCAAGUGCAUCGCACGGUGCUUCCAGUGUUGCUGCUGCAGCUGUAGCACAGGCUCUGGUACGCUUCUUGUCCCAAAUUGUCAAUGCCCGUGACAAGGCUGGCAACACGGCCUUAAACCUGGUCGCUCGGAUAGGAAACCGAAGUAUCAUUCAACAACUGCUCGAGAUCCAUGCCGAUCCGGAUCUACCUAACAACAAAGGCCUCAGUGCUAAAGACUUUGGCGUUGGCCUCGAACCAGGCGAGAAUCAUCGCUUCCAACCAAACGGCGGGUUGGGAAGCUCACAACAAGGACCGACAUCCAGCUUCCAUAUGUCAGCGACCAAUGCAGAUGGCGAUGCUGGAGCACUGUCGGCAAAACUCUUGGCCAACAAGACUGAGGCCAUCGACCACCUCAACGAACAAAUCCGAGAGCUCAGCGCCCUGCAGAAGUCCGAUCUCGAGAAAUUGCAGGAAAUGAAAGAGAGGGUUCAGCGUCGCGCGGAGAGGCAAGCCAAAGUUGCCAAUCUGCGUAGAGAGAUCGAAAAGAGAAAGGCUGUCUCCAAACGACCGCAGAAGGGUCGGAAGCCGCAGUCGCCCACUUCGCAAAUCGAUCUGGAACCAGACUGGCUCAUGGACUUGAAGGAUGGGAUCAGCCCGCAGAUGGAUGCGCACCAGCGACAACUCGUCACGAGCUCUUUGCCUGCGGCACACACCCUCAAGGCUCGUGUCAACGCUUACAGUCAAUCCAAUACCAAGCUCCAGUCCAAGGCUGAAGAGCUCCGAGCCAAUUCGACACAACUGGAAAGUCAAUACCGCAAAGUCGUUGCUCUGUGCACAGGCGUACCCGAAGACAAAGUCGAAGAAUCUCUCCCUGCUCUAGUAGCUGCUGUAGAGAGCGAGCGUGGAAACUUGGGCCAGACAGAGGUCGGCCGAGUUCGGGACUUUUUACGGCGCGUUGACGCCGGUAAGUCCCAGGAACGAGAGAAUGAUGGGAUGGCCAUGAUGAAUUCAGCUGUCAACGCCGUAGCAGAGAGAAUGGAGAGCGAUAGGUUGCGCAUGGCUGCACAGCAAGCUACUGCUGCUGCUGCCGCUGGGAAAAUGGUUGGAUGAGGACCAGGCUUGUGAAGCUUAGGUGGGCGAUGUCCUUGUCUUGCUGUUGAAUUCUGUACCAUGCAGGCAGCAUCAUGCCGCAAGGGAGCGAGGCGUUGGAGGAGAUCUGCUUCAGUGUUGUAUAUGCCAGCUUUGCGAACUGUACAGAGCUGAAAGCACGACAGUUGAAAUGAACAAUGAACAACGUCUGUUCGUUAU